UGUUAAUACAAAUUUACACGAGGAAAUAAAAACAAAGGGAAAAGAGAAUUGAUCUAGGUUCUGUGGCAUGGAGAUUAAGGUCAUGCAAUCUGAUUCCCAGAAUACUCAUGAUGAAUCAAAACAUCCCCUCUUGAGAGAUGGAGUUGAAACAGAGGAAAAAACACCGAUACAGAAGGCCAUUAGCCAGACAUUUCAGAGCACAGCUCAUUUGGCCAAUCUCUUACCUACAGGAUCAGUCAUGGCUUUCCAACUUCUAUCACCCAUUUUCACAAACCAAGGUAAAUGUGACCCAGUUGGCCGGUUCAUGACUGCUGCACUCGUGACCCUCUGUGGAGUAUCAUGUUUCCUGCUAAGCUUUACCGAUAGCUUUAGGGACAACAAGGGAAGUGUUUGUUAUGGUUUUGCCACAUUCCGGGGCCUCUUGGUCAUUGAUGGGUCUGCAAAUCUUUCACCUGAGGUUGCUGCAAAUUUUCGGCUGCGCUUCAUAGAUUUCAUGCAUGCCUUCAUGUCGAUACUGGUAUUUGUAGCAGUUGCACUGUUUGAUAAGAAUGUGGUGAGUUGCUUCUUCCCGACACCAUCCCAUACGACCCAAGAGAUUCUUACAAGAUUGCCAGUCGGAAUUGGUGUCGUUUGCAGUAUGAUGUUUGUUGUGUUUCCCACGAAGCGCCAUGGAAUUGGCUUCCCCCUCUCUCUAAAUUAACAAAAGUAGGUUCACCGCACCCAGAACUUCUGCCUCCACCCUGCAAGCAGCAGUGACAGGAAUAAAAUAAUAACCAAUAUUGAUUCAAGAUGCAAGCUGCCUUGGAAACUCAGCUUUUGUUUGCUUUCUGUAUGUACCUCUCUGCCUUCAUAAGUGUUGAUAUCUUUUCAUUUAAAUUUCUGGAACGAGUGUUGUCUUCUCUUUGAUGUAUAUCAAUGUUAAACGAUUCCAUGCGA